AUCCCUACCGGAUAUGAUUGGGUCGUUUCGAGAGAACGUCAAACUUGACGCUAGCCUCGGACUGACAGUGAAGAUAUGAAUGUUCCUGACACCAAUCCGAGUAUGUUUUCACGGGUAACAUGUUUGACGGACUUCGGUGAGGCUGUCUCUUGUUUUAGAGCUUCAGUAAAGUAACAUCGAGAAGCUCCUAACGUUAGCUAUCGAUCCGCUGUAAUGGAGGAUGAUCUUCUGCUCGCCAUUCAGCUCCAGGAGCGCUUCAACAACGAGUACCAGACAUCUUUGUUUCCGUCCGGCGGCUUCCAGGAGAGCGGCCUCGGACGGAGCAGUAAGAAGAGGAAGGUGGAGGUAGCCGGAGGUGGCAGCGAUGUUGUGCCCCACUGGAAGCCGGCCGUCCGGCCCGAGAGGCCGAUGUCCAUCGUGGACGAGUCCUGGGAGAUGUUGGACCCCAACCCCGAUAUCAGAGCCAUGUUUCUGGGGUUCAAUGCCACCUUCUUCUGGGGGAAGCUCAGCGGUGUGGAGGUGAAGUGGAGCCAAAGAAUGACACUGUGUGCCGGUGUGUGUUCCUACGAGGGCCGAGGCGGACUGUGUUCGAUCCGACUCAGUGAGCCUCUGCUGAAGCUCCGACCCAGGAAAGACCUGGUGCAGACUCUCCUUCACGAAAUGAUUCACGCGCUGCUGUUUGUGACCCAGAACAACCGAGACCGCGACGGCCACGGGCCAGAGUUCUGCAAGCACAUGAACCGGAUCAACGACGCCACCGGGACCAAGAUUUCUGUCUACCACAGUUUCCACGACGAGGUCGACGUGUACCGGCAGCACUGGUGGAAAUGCAACGGGCCCUGCCAGAACCGCAAGCCCUACUUCGGCUUCGUGAAGAGGGCCAUGAACCGGGCUCCGUCCUCCCAGGACCCCUGGUGGGAGGACCACAGGAGGACGUGUGGGGGGACGUACGCCAAGGUCAAAGAGCCGGAAGGAUACGGCAAAAAAGGCAAGAAGGACGGUAAAAAGGACGGGAAGCCCUCGGAGAAGAAGAACCCGGGAAAUGGAAAACCUUCCAGUACGACUCCAGCUUCCGGAUUACAGGACAUCAGGAACAUCAUCCCGUUUAGUGGCAAAGGCUUCCUACUCGGAGGGAAUUCCCAGUCCUCCACAGCUUCCUCCCCGUCUCACAAACCCGUCGUGCCUGCUUCGUCCAGCCCCGCCUCUUCCUCUCCGAAGAAACCCUUCACCCCGCCGUCUCCGGCUAAAACCCUCAGUUCUCCCGUUCGCGCCGGCGUCCCUCGCUCCUUUCCCUCCGCGGGAUCGAAGCCACCUGUGAAGAGGUCCGUCGGUAACACGAGAUACUUCGUCAACAUCAACGGCUCGCCGGUGAGAAUCCCCAAACCCCACGGCGGCGGCGGCGGCAGCCAGGAAGCGAAUAAAAUCAGACAGCGGUCCAUUGACGACCUCUUCAACAGCGCAACCCUCAGGAAGUCAGCGAGUCAGUCGUCCCCCUCCAGCACAGACAGUACCAGAGAUUCACUGACAGCACCGCACUGUACAGCGAGCGCCACCUCUGCUUCUUCCUUCUUUCCCAAACCGCAAAGUAACCGCUCUUCUUCCUCUCCGACGGCAGCGAAGCCGAGCCCGAGUGAAUCCGCCCAAUCCAAGUAUUCUUCUGUAGUUACAGGAAGCAAAGGCAGCCCCGCUCAACCGACACAGCCCAAGUAUUUCAGUCACUCUAACAGCGCCGGUGCGACAGGAGCUGCUGGUGGCGGUCCGGCGUCGAGGAAGAGGCCGUGGGACGACCGCAGCAGCUCGGCCACCAUCUUUGGCUUCUUCCAGAAGACGUUAGGCGGCGCUACGGCGGCGUCGAGGGAGGCGCAGAGGACAAAAUCACCUGCAGUGCAGCAGAGAACCGCCACUGCCACCUCCUCUUCCUCCUCCUCCUCCUCCUCCUCCCUACAUUCCUCUGGGGGGCUGCACAGUGCUCCCACCUCCUCUUCCUCCUCAUCCUCAUCCUCCUCCGCGCUGACGGUCAGCUGCCCGGCGUGCCAGGCACGGGUGCCGGAGUCAAAGAUCAACGAGCAUCUGGACUCCUGUCUCUCCUGAACGAGGAGGACUGGGAGACGGAAACACUUCCACCUUUGUCCACAGGGGGCCGCCAGAAUCCACCCAAUGAAAGCUCCUCGUUGCUGUUUGAACUUUGAUUUGAAGAAGAUGGUUUGACUCGUCUUCGACCAGCUGAUUGGAUGGUUGUGGUUCUCUUUAUUACCUCACUGUACGAGUGCCUGUCUGACAGUUUGUGCCUUACACUCAGAGAACAGCAGCGUUUUACAGAAUUUAACUCGAGAUAAUUGUGUCAUUUUUUUAUCAGGAAAAACAAACAUUUAAACUUUUAAACAUUAAAUUAUGUUGCUGGCUGGUUGCAGGUUUGUGUAUUCGACCAGAAACUGAAUCAUUCUUGUUUUAAACUGUUGAAUAUUUAAAGAAUGACCUCCUCUUCCACUGCAGUGAAGCAGCUGAUUGAACAGGAUCAAUAUAUCCAGAUGCUGCUGCGUUGAUGGAGGAUAUUUCUGCCUCCUCUCCAUCGAUCCUCUUUAAAAAUCUGCAUCUGCUGCCCUUCAGACAGCAGGAGACUCUGCCUGACCCCAGCUGAUCUGUGGGAGUCAGGUUUCACACUUCACAGCUAUUUAUUCCUCCGCAGUCGGUCGGGCAGCGAGCAGGUAUCUGUGCCUGCUUCAGCUUUUAGAGUGGAAACUUUUUACUUCUUUAACUUUAUGUCUGCUCCACUUUUAUGUGUGUCUGUUUUUAAAUGAAAGUUCUGAAUGUGUUUAUGUUCUGUUGCCAAAUAAAACAUUUUUUACUGUC